GUCACGUCGUGGUUCGUUACGAGGCAGAAGUCGAUAAGCAUCCAAUAAAGUAUCGGUUUCAGUGCGUUGCAUCGAAGUGUGACGUUUCACGGCGAUCCGUGCUCGAUGGAUACACACCCACCCGGUUCAAGAACUCUCACAGCCGCUAAAGGACAGAAAAUGAGAUAUGAAAAGAGAGGAAAAAUAAAUAGAACGGAAACAGAAGACGGAGGAAGAUGGAAAAAGAAGACGAGGAGAAAUAGAAUAGCGAGACAGAGAAACGGAGAUAAAAACAGAAAGGAAAAAAGUGGAAAGAAAGAAAGAGACAGAGGUGGCUCACCAACCGAGGCUCUCGCCUUCGGCACGACACGACCCGUUUCAAAGACACGUAGGGCCAAACCAGAGGGCAAAGGGGAGGAGGGUGAGAGAGCGACUUCUCCCUAAAAUAUGCGGACCCACGGGCAACACUCGGACUCUCCUCGUUACAUCCUGCUGGACGCCUCGGGCGUAUACUGGUCCGCCAUGCCGGCAGUCUGUAUAUCGUAUGAUACAAAAACAUCACAUUAUUUUCAUCUUUCUUCAUCGCAGCAAUCGUUGUCUCUGUUCUACGCUCUGUCGUUCGUCUCUUUUCUUGCUUUUCUCCGCGGACGAAGGCAAGAAUGCCUCGGGGCAUGUGACCACCAUUAUGCCUGCCUUCCUACUCCUUCUCUACCUCCUCCUCAUCGUCCUCCACCGCCUCCUACUCCUUCUGGUCUCUGUGCCCGCACUCGCCACUCGGUGUAUCCUUCUUCCCUCAUCUCGUCCUUCCUCGAGAAUUACACAUUCGAAAGAACCAUUUGAGAGAUACCAGUCGCGAGACCAACGAUUAAUUAUGCGUUCGAUACCCGAUGCUUUUCUUUUAGAGGCGAUCCCAGCCAGGAUUUCUAAAUAAAUAAUGUUUUUCAAUUAAAUGAAUUGGAUGAUUGAUUAUGCUAACAUCGUUCAUUUGUCAUUUAGUCAGCCAGUUACGAUAUUCCUCACACUGUUUAAAUCGUGGAUUUCGCGUUGGGUUUU